AUGGCCGGUGGUUUUAAAAGUUUGGAUUGCGGUCGUGGUGCUGCCCUUACUGGCAGGCGUCCUCGUGAUCGUAACCAACCCUUCACUCGGGUGAAUCGGUCUCGAGUGGACGGUACUACGCAGCCUGCCCCUGACAAGUCUCAGCAGAAGUCUCCUGAGAAGGAUUUUGAAUCAGCUGCAGAUGCGAACAUCGCAGGCCAAGGGGAUGAUACUGUUGCGAAUGUUGAGCCGAUAGCCCAACCAGACUUGAUGGUUGUGGAUCUCAUGACUCCAACCCGCCAGAAUCAAGAGCAAGAGGUAAAUGAUACUGAUGUUGCUGGUAUGGGCCAGAAGACUCCUCCUCUCAUGCCUCCUACUCUUCAUACUUCUUCUGGGUAUGUUCGCCCUAGCCAGAGUGCUGGUACCAGCUCUGGUCUAAACAUGGGUGUCUUUGUCCGUCCUGGGGAGUGGAUUGAGAAGACUCCGAUUUGCCUAUCCCCUAGGAAGAUGAAGUACUUUGAGGUUCCUCCUGGUGAGACUGAUGAACCCUGGAACCCUAAAAUCGAUCUUCUUCGUGGUGAGUCGAUACUCACCGACGACUGCAAAGGAGGUGGUUGCAUGGGUUGGAGGGCUUUGAAGGAUCUGGCUACUCCUCGCGACAAUCCUGCUGCUGAGAUUGACGCGCCGGCUGCCCAACAUAUGAAUGAUAUGCUCAAGGCCUGCAACUCUGCAGUGGAGCUUGUGAAGCUGUACCUCUGCUACCAGGAGCAGAAUGAAGACCUUCAGAAAAGGCAGGCUGAUCUGGAGAAGCAGGUGAAUGACGCCAAGCAAGAUCUGGACCAAAAAACUUCUGAGCUGAAAAGGGUGAAGCAACGCAACAAAGAGUUGGAGAAUGUUGCGAACAAGCUGGAGGCAGAGGAGACCAAGAACAAAGAGCUGUCUGAGAAGUUGCUGGAGGCGGAUGAGAAGGCCAAAGCUGCUUACAAGACCGGUGCUCGGGAUGGUGCCUUGCGAUUUUCUCGGUCCCAGACCUAUAGUAAGCGUAUCACGGAUAGUCAUAACGGUGCCUGGUUUGCUGCCCACCGUUGUGGCGUUCAUGGUAUUGGCCUUCCUAAGGAGGACUGUGAGGAUAUUGAGUAUGCUUUUCUGGUGGAGGAAAAGCACAGGGUACCAACCGGUUGGGAGUCACAGAUCAUUCCGGAGGAGAUCAUUCAGAAUGCUGAUCCCUUGACUCUUCCUCCCAUUGAGUUGAAAGAAGAAGAUUAUCUGGACCCUGCCAUCCUAUCCUCCAGCACUAACCAGACAGAUCAUCCACAAGGUUGAAGAUGCGGGCAGUCAUCACCGGUAUCCUCCUGCGGUUCAUCUGGCGUUUUUGCUUAUCGUGACUAGUCUCUUUUUUGUAAACGCAUAUUUGUUAUCAGCUGUUUGUGGCACCUUUUGCCCAUAAUUUUAAGCCUUGUUUUUGUAAACUUUAUUAAACUUAUCCUGUGCCGUGUUAACAGCUAACGAAAUUUAGUCUUGGUGUUGGCUGUCGAAUUUGUUUUAUCAGAUGGUGUUGCUCUUAUACUUAUGAUAUUUGUGUUGUUUGUUUUAUUUUUCUAUUUUAUGUUUGCCCUCAUUUAUGCAAUUGUGCUGUUUGAAUCUGGUACUUUACCCCGAGUCAGCAAGCUGAUAGUAGCCUUGCUGACCUACUUUAAGGGUUUGAAUCACGAUUUUUGAUUAUACAUUACCCCGAGUCAGCAAGCUAAUGGUAGCCUUGCUGACCUACUUUAAGGGUUAGAUUCGUAUCACCCCGAGUCAGCAAGCUGAUAGUAGCCUUGCUGACCUACUUUAAGGGUUUGAAUCACGAUUUUUGAUUAUACAUUACCCCGAGUCAGCAAGCUGAUAGUAGCCUUGCUGACCUACUUUAAGGGUUUGAUUCGUAUCACCCCGAGUCAGCAAGCUGAUAGUAGCCUUGCUGACCUACUUUAAGGGUUUGAAUCACGAUUUUUGAUUAAACAUUACCCCGAGUCAGCAAGCUGAUAGUAGCCUUGCUGACCUACUUUAAGGGUUAGAUUCGUAUCACCCCGAGUCAGCAAGCUGAUAGUAGCCUUGCUGACUUACUUUAAGGGUUUGAAUCACGAUUUUUGAUUAUACAUUACCCCGAGUCAGCAAGCUGAUAGUAGCCUUGCUGACCUACUUUAAGGGUUUGAUUCGUAUCACCCCGAGUCAGCAAGCUGAUAGUAGCCUUGCUGACUUACUUUAAGGGUUUGAAUCACGAUUUUUGAUUAUACAUUACCCCGAGUCAGCAAGCUGAUAGUAGCCUUGCUGACCUACUU